GUCCUUGCGCCGAGAGACGCUCGCGCCGCGCGCCGCUCCCCCCGCCCCCCGCGUCGGCCCCCGUCGCGUCCGCUGCCCGCGCGCGGUUGCCAUGGCGCUGGCGGCCCCCUCCGGGCCUGGCGCGGCCCCCGCGGCGGGCGAGACGAAGGUGAUUUACCACCUGGACGAGGAGGAGACGCCCUACCUGGUCAAGAUCCCCGUGCCGGCCGAGCGCAUCACCCUGGGCCACGUCAAGGCCGCCCUGGCCCGCCCCGGCGCCAAGUACUUCUUCAAGAGCAUGGACCAGGACUUCGGGGUCGUGAAGGAGGAAAUCUCGGACGACAACGCCAGGCUGCCCUGCUUCAACGGCCGAGUCGUCUCCUGGCUUGUGUCUUCAGAGACUCCACAGCCUGAACCUCUGCCGCCACCCCCUCCCAUAGAGGUACGACCAGAGCCGUCACCACCCCCACCACCUCUUCCUCCGUUGCCUGUGGAACGGACAAGUGGUAUUGGGGAUUCCCGGCCUCCUUCUUUCCAUCCAAACAUUGCAGGCAGCCGUGAAAACCUGGACCAUGAAACUGAGCCAGAGUCAGUUGUGUCGCUUAGGAGGGAGAGGCUGCGACGCAGGGAGAGCCUGGAGCAGGGAGGUGGGCACCGACUGAAUGGCCAGUCACGGCUGGAGCGUCACCUCGCUGGUUAUGAGAGCUCCUCCACUCUGCUAACCAGUGAACUUGAAACCACUAGCCUGUGUGACUCUGAUGACGACGACACCAUGAGCAGGUUCAGCAGCUCUACUGAGCAGAGUAGCGCCUCCCGUCUCCUCAAGCGCCACCGCAGGCGGCGGAAGCAGCGCCCGCCUCGUCUUGAGCGGACUUCUUCUUUCAGCAGCGUCACAGAUUCUACCAUGUCUCUCAACAUCAUAACAGUGACUCUGAACAUGGAGAAGUACAAUUUCUUGGGCAUCUCCAUUGUGGGGCAGAGCAAUGAGCGAGGAGAUGGUGGCAUCUAUAUUGGUUCCAUCAUGAAGGGUGGAGCAGUUGCAGCAGAUGGCAGGAUCGAGCCAGGGGACAUGCUGCUGCAGGUCAACGACAUUAAUUUUGAGAACAUGAGUAAUGAUGAUGCCGUGAGAGUCUUGAGAGAAAUUGUUCACAAGCCUGGUCCCAUAGUGCUGACAGUGGCCAAGUGCUGGGAUCCCUCCCCACAAGGAUAUUUCACCCUCCCGAGAAAUGAGCCUAUCCAGCCAAUCGACCCUGCAGCUUGGGUGUCCCACUCAGCUGCGCUUACGGGGGCCUUUGCAGCCUACCCUGGAAGCAGCUCGAUGAGCACCAUCACCUCGGGGACCUCGGUCACGGAGACAGAGCGCUUUGAUGACUUCAAUCUGUCCGUCCACACGGAUAUGGCCUCAGUCACCAAGGCUAUGGCCUCCCCUGAGUCUGGCCUGGAGGUGCGCGACCGUAUGUGGCUGAAGAUCACCAUUCCCAAUGCCUUCUUAGGUUCUGAUGUGGUGGACUGGCUGUACCACCACGUGGAAGGUUUCCAGGACCGCCGUGAGGCCCGCAAAUACGCCAGCAACCUGCUGAAGGCCGGUUUCAUCCGGCACACAGUCAACAAGAUCACCUUCUCAGAGCAGUGCUAUUAUAUCUUUGGUGAUUUCAGUGGUUGUGAGAACUACAUGGCCAGCCUCUCCCUCAAUGACAACGAUGGCUCCAGCGGGGCCUCUGACCAGGACACGUUGGCCCCCUUGCCUCUGCCGGGCACCACCCCGUGGCCCCUGAUGCCCACCUUCUCCUAUCCGUACCCAGCCCCUCACCCGUACAGCACCCAGCCCCCGCCUUAUCACGAGCUGUCCUCCUACAGCUACGGCAUCGGAAGCGCUGGCAGUCAACACAGUGAAGGCAGUCGGAGCAGCGGUUCCAACCGCAGCGAUGGAGGCACCGGAGGCAGCAGCCGUGGGGCCAGCAAGCACCAGGAGGAGAAGGCGGGGGCGGAUUCCAAGUCAGGCAGUGGGAGCGAGUCCGAGUAUUCGACCCGCAGCGGCAGCCAGCGUGGAGGGGCUCUGGCAGGGCCCAGUGGGGAGGGGGCUUCGCAGCGUAGCCUGCACUCCCACCAUUCCCUGCAUGCAGCUUACACGGCCCCCGGGGGUGUGCCUUUGGCCUAUAACCCCAUGGUGGUGAUGAUGGUCCCACCCCCUGGCCCUCCUGCUGCCGCUGCAGCUGUACAGCCCCCUGGGGCCCCCCCUGUGCGCGACUUGGGCUCUGUGCCCCCGGAGCUCACAGCCAGCCGCCAGUCAUUCCACAUGGCCAUGGGCAACCCCAGCGAGUUCUUCGUUGAUGUGAUGUGACUCCUGGCGGCUUCCCCCUCCCCUCCUCCCAGAGCUGCCCAAAGUCUCCUGACUGCCCACUUGCAUUUUGUGGGCUCCAGCCACAGAGCUUUUCAGGUCCCAGCCUGACCAAAAACUUGCUUGUUCCAAUGACACAGCUCUGAGGUCACCUGCCCUUCCGGUACCGCUCCCCAUUGGCUGGACUCAUCUUGUCCUGUGUUUUGGCCUGGAGCAAUCUGGCUUCCAGUCUUGCCUUACAGCUCCUGUGACCCCAAGUAGCCUUACAAGUCCCGUCCUUCACCAGCAGAGCCGUUUGCCUCCAUGCAGUGACCUGCCACUUGUGGCUACACGACGGUGUCACUUGCAUGGCCUGUUUUGCCUUCGUGAUCACUCAACAGAUCCUCCUUAGUUAAUCAGCUGGCUCAGCUCGUCACCUUGUGACUUCUGUAUCUUGAGCCUCUUUUAUAUAUCCUGAGGCCUGUUUGGCCACUUUUAAAAGAUGUGACUCAGGUCUCUAGAAUCACGUGACCUCUGCCUUCCUGUUUCCUGUCUGCCUUGACUUUGAAGGACGGUUGGCCUCGUGGCCUCUGCAUUCUGGCCUCCGGGGCCCUGCGCCCAUGUCUUUGGUACCAGCUCCCUCUGGCUCUUGGAUGUCAGGCGCUGCGUUGGGCACGCACCACGGCUGCCUGUCUUUUCUUUCUCCUGUCACAUGGCCAGGUCUUUGAAGGGUUUUGUGAUUGGGGGUCCUCUUUGCCUUACUGUCACUUAGUUAUGCGUCACAGAACUUCCACCUUAACUGUCUUCCUCCUCCUUUCUCAAGAAAACUGAGAAGUUGGGGAGUAAGAAGUUGAUCUUUGGUACUUCUGGCUCCCCUACCCUUUUCCUGCUCUUGAUGAUCACAAAACCGGUAUCAAUGAAGGUAGGAAUUCUGUUUGUUUUUUCGAAUUGUUUUUUAAGAACAUUUUUUAUUCAUGUUUUCAGAGUUAAGUUGGUUUGUUUUUUAACUUCUUUUUGUAUAGAAGCCUUUCCGUCCCCCCUCCCAAAAGUUCCUUCUGAACACUACAUUCCCUCUUCUCCCACCCUUCUGACAACUUGAGUUUGCCUCUUUGCCUUUUAAGGGUCCAGUACCAAAGUCUGACUUGAAAAGGUUUAUUCCAGGGUCGCCCACAUGCAUGCACGCCCCCUCCCUCUUCUUCUCUUGUGCCGCUGGCUGCUCUUUGCACUGUUCUCACUGAGGGCCAAGGUCACUUGAGGCAAAAUUCCAACAUCACUAGCUCUGGCCGGUGAAAUGAGGCCAUUGAUGUGGUUAUAGGUACAAUGGAGACUUCUCGGGAGCUUAGUUCAGUGUCUGCAAGAACUGUGGGGCAGAGUCCACAUCACGCAACAUCUUGGGGGAGGGAUCCCAGCUGAGGCAUGUCGAGUUUGUGCCUGGUCUGCAAGGAAAGUCCGGGGUGCAUUCCCAGCAUUGCAUGGAGCCGCUGCAAGGAAAGGCCCUUCUUGGCCGCUGCUGCCAAUCAGAGAAGGGAGUGUUGAAUGAGGUGUUUUAGGUCACCCAACUAGAGCCACAUUCCUACCCACCUGCCUGUGGGAAAACUUUUUCGUUUCCCCACAGACCUGCCUCGCGGGCAGCUGACGGCCUCUUUCCCUUGCCCUGAUCUAGAAACAUUGCCACAUUGGGGGAUGGAAAGAGUUGUAGCCGAGAGAUCUCUUUUUCCGCCCAAACCCAACUAUUUUCUUUAAAGAAAAAGAAAAACAUUAUUCGAGAGAGAGAAAGAUCACCGUUAGUGAGUCCUUUUUUGAAGAACCUGUGUUGCCUUCGCAUAGAAAUUUCAAGACUACGUGAAUCUCUUGUAUCAAGACAGCCCCCUCUGUCAGUCUCACUCAGUCUUGCUGAUUCGUACCAUCAGCCAGUCUCAGGCAGAGAUAAGAGUCCUUCCCUGUCGCUCCUGCCUGAGCUCUGGAACCUGAGAUGUUGGAGGCUGAACCUGGAAGGGCAGCAGAUUAACCAGUCAGCCAAGUCCUCUCCACAGAUUUCAUUUUGAAGAUGCAAAAUAAUUUGAAGCUCUCACCUGCGUUUAUUCUCAUAAAUUUAUAAACAUAAAAUGAGAGAAAAUAGCCAACUUUGCACAGUGUGAUAAGGAAAAGUCCAAACGAAGUGGAGAGAGUGAAGGGGCUGUGUUGAAUAUUUUAGGGGGUAUUAAAAAUCCCAAAGGGUUUCUUUCCCUCCAAGUUAGGCAGAUGGGGCAGAGUUUGGAACCUGGAGUUUGUGUGCAGGUCUCAUUGAAAUUCAGAAAGGGAGGUUGGGUGUUUGUGGGAAGCAGAAUAGCUCCCCGUCUUACCUACGGUUUCUGCUCCCGUCCCACAUCAAUGCCAAACAGUAUUUAAGGCAGAGUGGAUGUUGCUGUUUUCACAUUGCCUCUUGGGGUUUUGGACUUGACUGUUUUUAAACAGUGUCAGACACUCUUUUUGGUUCUGCUUGCUCUCCUGGAACUCUGGCCCCUGAAACAGCUGCAGCUGCCCCCUUUCCCUGGAUCCUUCCGAGUAUCAUUUGUAACGGGAGGUAGGGGAGAAGGGAGUGUGCAUUUUCUUCCCUCAAACGGGGUACGAUCUCUCUUCCCUGCUCUCCUCAGAGGUGCUAGAUGUGUCCCACCCAACACGCCAUCCCAGGGCAGUGGAGCAGCAGGGAGGGCAAACCCCUCCCUUGGGAUUGAGCCCUGAGUAUUUCAUGCUCCCUUGCUUCUAGGGGGGAUGUGCGUGCAAGUGUGAAUGUGUGUGAUCAGUAGCAGAUAACUAUUUUGUAAUAACAUAUUUAUUUUUUAGCUCUUUUGUGUACAAAAAAGCGUUCAAUAAAAAACAAUCUC